CAUGCAGUAGCCUAGGCUAUUCUCGAACAUGCAACAGUGCAGAAUUUGCGUGGCGGUAACAAACAUAAAAUAGCGCUUGAUGGAUUUGCUCAUAUUUUUCCGACUGUAGUGCGCUUUACAGUUAGUGAGAAGUCGUCGGAGAACCGCAUGAAUGGAUUUACUAGAAAGAACUAUAGACAGAGGAAUGAAUGAAAUAGCACGCUCCUGUUUUGCUGGAACGUUUCAAUCAUUUGCAUUUUCACGUCACGUGGAUUAUUGUUAAUUUGGAAUGAGGUAAACCUGUAACGGGGAUGGAUAACAUUUUAGUACUUGUAUAUGUGUUUUCAAAUGCAUUUUACGUACAGGCCAUCUUGUAAUUUUACAUAGCAAAUCCACGAAAAUAGAAAAUUGUUUUAUAGAUAACGCACAGUUAUGUGCGCAUGACAGAACUACGAAGAGGGACUUAUUUUGUGGUACACAUUUCCUGUUUCCUAGCAACGAACAGGAAGUAUGUGUAAUGGGAUGGAAGAAAAAAGACAAUCAAACAAGACUGGUCUUUUAGGAAUAUAAAUAACUUUGUGCACUCAUGUUGUACCUGCAUCCAUUCUGAUCCCAUUCUUGUGCAGCCUUCCUAUUUGGACUGUACAAUGAAUGUAAGCUCUUGUGAUAUGGAGGAGCUGGGAAUCUGAUGUAUUUCCCCCACAAUUAUCUAGCUCAAAUAUUUGCAGUACUAUCCUGUAAUGGCUAUGCAAGAGCCUGGCAGGACUAAAGGCUUCUCUUGCAAACACUGUGGCACAGUGUGCUCCAACAUGCCAAGCCUUCUGGAACACAUGGAUAGUCACUUCCAGCUAGAAGAAGAUCGCAAGUUCAAAUGCGAUGAAUGUGGCCGAUGCUACAGGCAUGCAGGUAGCUUGGCUAACCACAAGAAAACACACACGUUGGGUUCUUUUCAAUGUCCAAUAUGUGCUAGGAAGCUCUCAAACCCUCUGGCCCUGAAGAGCCAUCUGCGCAUCCACACAUCACAGAAGAAGUACUCCUGCAUGGACUGUGGGAAGGCCUUUAGGCUAGCUACUCAGCUGGCCACCCAUCAAAAGGUCCAUCUCUCUGGGCAAUCAAAGAGGAGAGCCGGUUGGGGGGCCACUGCAGAAUAUUCUCCAAUUGAGAAUAGAGAUGAAAUUGAAGAUCAUGAUGACUUUGAAAAGCCGUCGUACUUGGUGGCUGACCAGCAAGACACAGGGAUGGAUAUUGUGUCUGGUAAUAACCUUAGCCAAGAGGAGGCAGAGGUUAUCCCCAACUCAGCAAAUUAUAGUGAAAAUCUAGGCUUCGAAGCAGGGGAUCGACCUUUCAAAUGUGAUCAGUGUGAAAAGUCAUAUAGACACCCUGGAAGCCUGAUCAAUCAUAAGAAGUAUCACCAGGUAGGGAUGUUUGAGUGCCCUAUCUGUUUAAAGCAGUUCAAUAAUCUUGCUGCCCUCCAUAGUCACCAGAGAACCCAUAACAAGUCCAAAAGUGGGCCAGACACCCAUUCCUUGGAAGUCACUUACGCAGGCAGAGCACCAGAGCAGUUUUCACCCCUGAACAGGGAUGUUCCAGUCCAUUUCUGUCACCUGUGUCAAGUGAUGUUUCCUAAUGAUGAUGAGUUCCAGGAACAUGUCCAAAAGCAUAAUUCUUCCUCUAUGUCCUUUGGGCACGAUCAAGAUUUAUCUGAGGAUCAUCAUGAUUCUUAUGACCUUAGUGUCACUCCUUCUCCUGACUCAAACUUUUAUUCACCACCUCUAAACAGUACUCCAUUGAUUGAUCAUCAAGGGGAGCAGAUCAAUGAUAUUCAAAUAUACUCUGACCACUCCAGUAACAAAUCCACCUUGAAUACUCCGGGAGAGCCCUUAAUCUUGGAAUCAGAGAUUCCUGCUGACGAUCUAAGUAAGGCAGAAAAGUCCUCAGUUACAGAAAACGGUGAGCGCCGCUACAAGUGCCAGGUCUGUGGAAAAAGCUACCGGCAUGCCGGGAGUCUCAUCAACCACAGGCGUUCUCAUCAGACAGGCAUUUACCAGUGUUCCAUCUGCCGCAAGACUUACCCACACAUGGCUGCCCUCCGCAGCCAUGUCCGCAUCCACAGGGCCCAUCCGUCCUCCUUUAACCUCAGCUCUGAAGGAGACUGGCUCUCUUCUGAGCCCCUAACGCUGGAGAACCAGCAGGCCAGCUUCUCCUCUCAGGAGGGAGAUGCUAGCAAUAUGAUGACUCUCGCUCAGGAGAACACGAGUGAACACGGCAUUGGAGGAUCAUGCCAUGUGCAGUUUGACUCCGCCUUUCCCCAGGACAGAACUGUGCACCUACCUCACAACGAACGCCUGAUGGAGAGUCACAUGUGUGCAGACUGUGGCGAAACAUUUGCAGACAUCGCAGGAAUCAAAUUGCACGUAUGCCCCCUGCUACAACCGCAGCAAGAGGCCAUGUCAAAUGGCUAUGACAGCAACUUAACCUUCUUGGACACUAAUGGACGAUGCACCAUGGGAAAUCCAGGAGAUCAUGUAGAGUUCCAGGGACUGAAUGGCAGCCCUAGACAAAGGUACUGCGAUGAACAUGACUUCCAUGAAGGCCAGAAUGGGGAGCAGUUGAAUGGUGAUGGCAAAGAAGAGGAUGAUGGCGGAGAGCUCUAUCAGUGCUCAGCGUGUGGGAACCGCUACACAAGCAUGAGGGCUCUGAGGAGCCAUCUUCGUGGCCACACUCAAUCCCAUGGUACUCCUACAAGCUCCGGCCCCUCCAUGUCCUCCCUAGAGGCUGAAAAUGAAGAGGACCCUGGAAAGAGACAUCAGAUGGAUGGGGGUCUGAUGAUCUGCAGUACUUGCGGAGAGAGUUUUGCCAAGAAGCAGGACAUGCUUGCCCAUCAGCUCAUACACAAUAAAGCACAGGCAGAUGAUGCUAAACACAUACAUAUGGACAAUAGUAAUGGAACUAGGCACAAAGAGGAGGUGGACAGCAGCAUCUGUGGAAAUUGUGGUAUAUUUUGCACCAGUUACCAUCAUCUUGAGACCCAUCAAUGUACAACAAAUGUGAAAAGUGAAUCUGCAAACGGUGUUGAAAAAAAUGAAAUGGGCGGCUCUGUCAACGGUAAAGAAUUAGGACACACGAAAGAGAAUUUAAACAAUGGGGAUUGCCAGUACAAGUGUGAUCAGUGUGGAAGAGCAUACAGACAUGCUGGCUCCCUUCUUAACCAUAAAAAGUCCCACAAAACUGGAGUGUUCCGCUGCAUGGUUUGCCAGAAGCGCUGCUACAAUCUACUGGCCCUUAAGAACCAUCAGAGGACCCACUUUGAUGUUAAGAGACAUGCGUGCAAUGAAUGCGGGAAGGCAUUCAAGAUAGAGAAGCAACUAUUGAACCACCUCAGAAUUCACAAGGAGAACCAUGCCAAAAUACAGGAGCUCAACAGCCAGAUUCAGGCCGUCAUGCAGACGAAUGGCACGAGGUCAGAGGGAGGAAUGCGCUUGCUUAAUGCACCUGCCAAUCAAGCCACCACCACCCACAAAAAGCAUAGGCCAACCCUCAACAGAAAGAAACCCAGUGUGGAGGAGGGGGCUCAGACUGGAGUCAAAUCAGUGGAUGCAGGCGACCCUCGCCCCUACUCCUGUGACCAAUGUGGGCGAACGUAUCGACACGCAGGAAGUCUGGUCAAUCACAAGAACUCCCACAAGACAGGUGAAUACUACUGCUCUGUUUGUAACAACACCUACUCCAACCAGCUGGCUAUGAAGAACCACCUGCGCAUCCACUUCUCAAUUAAAAAGCACAGUUGUCAAGACUGUGGUAAGGCCUUUAGGGGAAAGAAGCAGUUGUCUAGCCAUAUUUGCGCACACCUCAGAAAGGAUAUGCCAGGAGGGGUCAGGGGAAGAGGUCGCCGACGAGCAAGAAACGUUAAAUGUAAGCAGUGCAGACAGACGUUUAUAUCCGCUGACCAACUGACAGCCCAUACCUGUGGGUCACUGGCAAACUCAUCAGAGGGCAGCGACGGACAAACGAGUAUGACCUUGAAAAGGGAGGAGCGACCAUUCACCUGCAUCAUCUGCAAUCGCAGCUACCGCCACGCGGGCAGUCUCCUGAAUCAUAAAAACACUCAUAAGUCCGGUGACUUCAGCUGCACGUUCUGCUCCAAGCCCUUUUCUAACCCCAUGGCGUUACGCAACCACACGCGAAUCCACACACAGAAGAAGAAGCAUGUCUGCCUGACCUGCGGGAAGGCGUUUCGGUUGGCCAGUAUCCUCCAUAACCACCAGAAGGUCCACACCAGGGUGGCCAACCACUUCAGCUGCCCAGAAUGUGGCAAGAGCUUCCAGGGCAAGUCUGGGCUGAAGAGGCACCGCUGCCGGGGGGGCCAGGAUGACUCGGCUAGAGCUUGUGACGGCGAUCACAGAGAGAGUGGAGACAAGUGCUUCACGUGUGACCUCUGUGGACGCUCGUACCACCAUGCUGGCUCCCUGCUCAACCAUAAAAAGACGCACUCCGAAAACCUCCACCACUGUACCUUGUGCCUCCAGACUUUCCCCGACACCCUCGCCCUCCAGGUCCACUCCCAGAUGAAGCGCCACUGCUGUCCAGACUGUGGCAAGACCUUCUGUCUCAUCUCGCACCUGCAGAACCACAUGGAGGUGCACUCCAAGGACCACACCCUGGUCUGCAGCCCCUGCCAUCAGAGCUUCCCCAACCCAGCCAUGUACCAACAACACCAGGAACUGCACCACCGGGCCCAAGGGAAUUAUCAACAACACAGCAUGCAAAUGGAGGAUGACCUGGGCUGGGAAUCGGGACUAGACCAAACCAUGGAGCUCCAAGGCAUCCCCAAGCUGGUACCGGCGUUUGCCCACAUGCACGGUGGCAUGCCCGACCAGCAGGAGAGCAACGAGGCGCGCUGUAUAGGGGAGAAGAGCCACGUGUGUGAGCACUGCGGCCGCACCUACCGCCAUGCAGGUUCCCUCCUCAACCACAAGAACAGUCACAAGACCGGCUCCUUCUUCUGCUCCGUGUGCCAGAAGGAGUUCACCAACCUGAUGGCGCUGAAGAACCACCGGCGCAUCCACACGGAGCCCAAGCGCUACCAGUGCCUGGAGUGCGGCAAGGCCUUCCGCGUGUCCACCCAGCUCAUCUGCCACCGGAGGAUCCACACCAAAGAGAAGCCCUUCUCCUGCCUGCUGUGCGACAAGUGCUUCUCCAGCAAGUCAAACCUGCGCCACCACCAGAAGAUUCACCAGAGUGGUGGCCAGGACUACGAGUCCUCCUUCGGCAUGGAUACGAACAGUUUUAUGGACAUGGACAUGGACUCUUUUCUCUGAGUCAGGACGCCGCGUCAAAUACUUAUUAUAUUAUUCUCCCCAUUCACUGGACCCCUAUCGGUAAUUGUAAAGUGGCGCGUUCCACAGAGCCCCAGUGGAGACGGCGUUUACUCUUGAUGUUGAACUCCUUCAAAGCUGCCUCACAAACAUUUCAUUUUUCUGAUUCUGCUUUGGUCAUACACUUUUGGAGUGGUAGAAGGAUUUCCGAUCUUACCUCUAGCAGGGAUUGUGGCACUGUUAAAAUUCCCAGACGGGCACAGGCGACGGUGUCUCGUCAAAUCUUUAUCCGAUUGUUUUCGCACGAAGUGCACAUUGUCAUUGAAUCGUUUACCGCUUAUAGGAGUGAGAACUAAUGGACCUCCUUUCAUACUGACUGUAUCAAUGUCCUCACAAGGUAGACGGUUCACUUUGGUUGGGAAAUUGACUGACGUAACAGAACUGCUUCAGCCCAGUUCCUGCAUGUGAGCUUGAUUUACACAUGAAUGACUCAUAUUUUUAUGAGGAAAGUGCUGUUCUGAAAUGGUAAUUUCCUCUCGCUAUCUAUUACUGUGUUCAGUGCCUCCGUCGGUUCAAUUCUCUGCCCAGCUUAUAAAAAGUGCGGGCUGUUCGCAAUAUUUUCCCAUAGGUUAGAGAAAAGUGAUCAAUUUGACCUUUUCUGGUGCGGCUUCAAUAAGGAUGACCUCCUAGUCUUACCCAGAGGAUGAUAUCAAAGGUAUUUACUGAAAUCAUGUAAUCAAGUUGGUGGUAAUCAAAUGGUUUUAGUGAUGGUGAUAUUUGGGUACACCUUUGAGUGACAUUUGUAUGCUAAAUGGACAUAUUUAAUUAUUUAUUCCUGUUCUUUUUUAAAAACUUAUUUUCAUUUUUUCUGUGUGUACUUUGAUAUAUCACAGUUUCUAUGAAUGUUACCUUGACUCUUAAGAAAUAUCCUAUGUAGCAUUUAAGGAAAUUCCUCAAUCUGUAAUUCCAUUCUCAAUGGCUGCGACUCCAACACAGGUAGGAAUGCAUUAGCCAAGGACAGUGGUCUUGCCAGCACUGUGGUUUUGCCACAUUAAAAUGUCUGAUGUGCAAAGCGUCGUAGAUAAUUAUCCAUGUCUGAAUUGGGCAUUACUUUAUUUUUACAGGUGCCAUUUCUCACCCAUGUCUUGUUCAAAUAAGAAUUGUAGGUGUUCUUGUCCAUAAUCACCCAUGACAAUUUUCAGAAAUUUUGCAAACCUUUACAAUACGAAACACAUGCUUUUGACUUCUCAAACUUUCAAAGGUAAACUCAGCAAAAAAUGAAACGUCCUCUCACUGUCAACUGCGGUUAUUUAAAGCAAACUAACGUGUAAAUAUUUGUAUGAACAUAAGAGUCAACAACUGAGACAUAAACCGAACAAGUUCCACAGACAUGUGACUAACAGAAAUGGAAUAUUGUGUCCCUGAACAAAUGGGGGGUCAAAAGUAACAGUCAGUAUCUGCUGUGGCCACCAGCUGCAUUAAGUAUCUAGUGCAUCUAGUGCAUCUCCUCCUCAUGGACUGCACCAGAUUUGCAGUUCUUGCUGUGAGAUGUUUCCCCGCUUUUCCACCAAGGUACCUGCAAGUUUCCAGACAUUUCUGGGGGGAAUGGCCCUAGCCCUCACCCUCCGAUCCAACAGGUCCCAAACGUGUUCAAUGGGAUUGAGAUCUGGGCUCUUCGCUGGCCAUGGCAGAACACUGACAUUCCUGUCUUGCAGGAAAUCGCGCAUAGAACGAGCAGUAUGGCUGGUGGCAUUGUCCUGCUGGAGGGUCAUGUCAGGAUGAGCCCGCAGGAAGUGUACCACAUGAGGGAGGAGGAUGUCUUCCCUGUAACGCACAGCGUUGAGAUUGCAUGCAAUGACAAGCUCAGUCCGAUAAUGCUGUGACACACCGCCCCAGACCAUGACAGACCUUCCAUCUCCAAAUCGAUCCCGCUCCAGAGUGCAGGCCUCGGCGUAACGCUCAUUCCUUCGACGAUAAACGCGAAUCCGACCAUCACCCCUGGUGAGACAAAACCGUGACUUGUAAGUGAAGAGCACUUUUUGCCAGUCCUGUCUAGUCCAGCGACGGUGGGUUUAUGCCCAUGGGCAACGUUGUUGCCGGUGAUGUCUGGUGAGGACCUGCCUUACAACAGGCUUACAAGCUCUCAGUCCAGCCUCUCUCAGCUUAUUGUGGACAGUCUGAGCACGGAUGGAGGGAUUGUGCGUUCCUGGUGUAACUUGGGCAGUUGUUGUUGCCAUCCUGUACCUGUCCCGCGGGUGUGAUGUUCGGAUGUACUGAUCCUGUGCAGGUGUUACACGUGGUCUGCCACUGCGAGGUCAAUCCUGUCUCCAUGUAGCGCUGUCUUAGGCGUCUCACAGUAUGGACAUUGCAGUUUAUUGCCCUGGCCACAUCUGCAGUCCUCAUGCCUAUUUGCAGCAUGCCUAAGGCAUAUUCACACAGAUGAGCAGGGACCCUGGGCAUCUUUAUUUUCGUAUUUUUCAGAGUCAGUAGAAAGGCCUCUUUGGUGUCCUAAGUUUUAACUGUGACCUUAAUUGCCUACCGUCUGUUAGCUGUUAGUGUCUUAACGACCGUUCCACAGGUGCAUGUUCAUUAAUUGUUUAUGGUUAAACCCUUUACAAUGAAGAUCUAUUGGGAUUUUUUACGAAUUAUCAUUGAAAGACAGGGUCCUGAAAAGGGGACGUUUAUUUUUUUUGCUGAGUUUGUUUGCGUGUCAGUCCGUAAAAUGUAAGUCAAAAGUGUAGAAUUAUCGUGUUGUGAAAGCCUACUCUCUCUGAUCAGUUAGCCUACUUAUAUUUAUAAUACAAAGUAUUUAUUUCUGUCUUUAUUUGAAUGGUUAUUGUAUUUCUGUUAAUGUUUCAUGGACACAAGCUUCAGUGUUCAAACUUGUCCACAUCCAGUUGGUUGCUUCAACCAUGUUGACAGCAGUGUGUAUCCAGAAGCAGAUGUCCAUCGCCACUAUUUGAGAAAUGCUUUGGGGUGCUUUGGAAAAAGCAAUUUGUGGUCAUAUAACCUUUACAUAAAUGUGCAAUUAAGUUAAAUCUAGUAUUUAUUUGGUUUGCAAUGCUUACCAGAAAAGGUGUAAAAUAAAAUGAGGUGCUUAUCAUGUACAAAAUAGUGCAUUUUUUCAGUCCCACUAAUGGCACUUUUUUUUGUAAAACACAAGUAGCAAGCGUAGAUCCUUUAGGUUUAAAACCUUGUUUGAGGGUGUGGGCCCAGUACAUUAUGAAAUGUGUAACUGACACCACAAUGUGUUUUUCUUGGCAUUAUCCUAUAUUUAAUAUACAGUGCAUUCGGAAAGUAUUCAGACCCCUUGACUUUUUCCACGUUUUGUUACGUUAUUGCCUUUUUAUAGAUAUCUUUGUGUGCAUAUUUACAAAAAAAUAAACAUCACAUUUACAUAAGUAUUCAGACCCUUUACUCCGUACUUUGACGCACAUUUGGCAGCGACUACAACCUUGGGUAUGACGCGACAAGCUUGGCACACCUGUAUUUGAGGAGUUUGUUGCAUUCUUCUCUGCAGAUCCUCUCAAGCUCUGUCAGGUUGGAUGGGGAGUGUAGCCGCACAGCUAUUUUCGGUUCUCCAGAGAUGUUCAAUUGGGUUGAAGUCCGGGCUCUGGCUGGGCCACUCAAGGACAUUGAGACUUGUCCCGAAGCCACUCAUGCGUUGUCUUUGUUUGGUGCUUAGGGUUGUUUGUCCUGUUGGAAAGUGAAACUUCAUCCCAGUCUGGUCUGGAGCAGGUUUUCAUCAAGGAUCUGUCUACUCGAUCCAGACUAGUCUCCCAGUCCCUGCCGCUGAAAAACAUCCCCACAGCAUGAUGAUGAUGCUGCCACCCACCAUGCUUCACCGUAGGAAUCUUGGUUUCAUCAGACCAGAGAAUCUUGUUUCUCAAGGUCAGUCUUUAGGUGCCUUUUGGCAAACUUCAAGCGGGCUGUCGUGCCUUUUACUGAGGAGUGGCUUCUGUCUGGCCACUACCAUAAAAGCCUGAUUGGUGGAGUGCUGCAGAGAUUGUUGUCCUUCUGGAAGGUUCUCCCAUCUUUACAGAAGAAUUCUGGCGCACUGUCAGAGUGACCAUCCGAUUGCUCAGUUUGGCUGGGUGGCCAGCUCAAGGAAGAGUCUUGGUGGAUCCAAACUUCUUCCAUUUAUGAAUUAUGGAGGCCACUGUUCUUGGGGAACUUCAAUGCUGUUUUGGUACCCUUCCCCAGAUCUGUGCCUCCACACAAUCCUGUCUCGGAACUCUACACACAAUUCCUUCGACCUUGUGGCUUCGUUUCUUUUCACUGAAAUGCACUGUCAACUGUGGGACCAUUUAUAUAGACGUGUGCCUUUCCAUAUCAUGUCAUAUCAUCAUCCAAUACAUUGACUUUACCACAGGUGGACUCCAAUCAAGUUGUAGAAGCAUCUCAAAGAUGAUCAAUGGAAACAGGAUGCACCUGAGCUCAAUUUCGAGUCUCAUAGCAAAGGGUUUGAAUACUUAUGUAAAUAAGGUAUUUCUGUUUGUAGCUUUAUCCUUAUGGAGUCUUGUGUGUAGAUUGCUAAGGAUUUGUAUUUAUUUAAUCCCUUUUAGAAUACGGCUGUAACUUAACAAAGUGAAAAAAGUCAAGGAAUCUGAAUACUUCCCGACUGCACUGUAUAUACAAAAGUAUGUGGACACUUUUUCAAAUUAGUGCAUUAGGCUAUUUCACCACACCUGUAAUUGACCGGUGUGUAAAAUCGAGCACACAGCCAUGCAAUCUCCAUAGACAAACAUUGGCUGUAGAAUGGCCUUACUGAAGAGCUCAGUGAUUUUCAAUGUGGCUCCGUCAUAGAAUGCCACCUUUCCAACAAGUAAAUUAGUCAAAUUUCUACCCUGUUUGAGCUGCCCCGGUCAACUGUAAGUGCUGUUAUUCUGAUGUGGAAACGUCUAGGAGCAACAACAGCUCAGCUGCGAAGUGGUAGACCACACAAGCUCACAGAACGGGAGCGCCGAGUGCUGUAGCGCAUAAAAAUCGCCUGUCCUCGGUUGCAACACGCUACCGAGUUCCAAACUGCCUUUUAGAAGCAACGUCAGCACAAUAACUGUUCAUCGGGAGCUUCUUGAAAUGGGUUACCUUUGCCGGGCAGUUGCACACAAGCGUAAGAUUACCAUGCGCAAUGCCAAGGGUCGGCUGGAGUGGUGUAAAGCUCGCUGCCUUUAGACUCUGGAGAAAAUGACUCAGGGUUUAGCGAAUGCCAGGAGAACGCUACCUGCGGGCUAGGCCCCUUAGUUCCAUUGAAGGGAAAUCUUAAUGCUACAGCAUACAAUGAUAUUCUGGAUGAUUAUGUGCUUCCAACUUUGUGGCAACAGUUUGGGAAGGCCCUUUCCUGUUUCAACAUGACAAUGCCCCCGUGCACAAAGCGAGGUCCAUACAGAGAUGUUUGUCGAAAUUGGUGUGGAAGAACUUGACUGGCCUGCGGAGAGCCCUGACCACAACCCCAUCAAACAUCGCCCAACAUCAGUGCUCGUCGUCACUAAUGCUCUUGUGGCUGAAUGGAAGAAAGUCCCUGCAGCAAUGCACCAUCGUCUAGUGGAAAGCUGAGCGGUACAGUCAGUAUGUUUAAUGAACAGACAGUGGCUCGGGUGGUUGUUGUCAUAGGAAGGGCAGAAAGAUCAUCAAGGACAUUGGGUGAUGUAGGUGUACUGGAGGCCAGGUAGUUUGCCCCCGGUGAUGCGUUGGGCAGACCGCACCACCCUCUGGAGAGCCUUGCGGUUGCGGGCGGUGCAGUUGCCGUACCAGGCGGUGAUACAGCCCGACAGGAUGCUCUCAAUUGUGCAUCUGUAAAAGUUUGUGAGGGUUUUAAGUGGCAAGCCAAAUUUCUUCAGCCUCCUGAGAUUGAAGAGGUGCUGUUGAACCUUCACCACACUGUCUGUGUGGGUGGACCAUUUCAGGUUGUCAGUGUUGUGUAUGCCGAGGAACUGGAAGCUUUCCACCUUCUCCACUGUGGUCCCAUCGAUGUGGAUAGGGGGGUGCUCCCUCUGCUGUUUCCUGAAGUCCACGAUCAUCUCCUUUUGCUUUGUUGACGAUGAAUGAGGGGUCAUUUUCCUGACACCACACUCCCAGAGCCCUCACCACCUCCCUGUAGGCUGUCUUGUCAUUGUUGGUAAUCAAGCCAACUACUGUUGUCAUCUGCAAAUUGAUGAUUGAGUUGGAGGCGUGCUUGGCUACGCAGUCAUGGGUGAACAGGGAGUACAGGAGAGGGCUGAGCACGCACCCUUGUGUGGCCCCAGUGUUGAGGAUCAGCGAAGUGUAGGUGUUUCCUACCUUCACCACCUGGGGGCGGCCCGUCAGGAAGUCCAGGACCCAGUUGCACAGGGCGGGGUUCAGACACAGGGCCUGAAGCUUAAUGAUGAGCUUGGUGGGUACUAUGCUGUUGAAGGCUGAGCUGUAGUCCAUGAACAGCAUUCUUACAUAGGUAUUCCUCUUGUCCAGAUGGGAUAGGGAAGUGUGCAGUGCGAUAGCGAUCGCAUCGUCUGGGGAGCUAUUAGGGCGGUAAGCAAAUUGAAGUGGGUCUAGGGUGUCAGGUAAGGUAGAGGUGAUAUGAUCCUUGACUAGCGCCUCAAAGUGAGUGCUACGGGACGAUAGUCAUUUAGUUCAGUUACCUUUGCUUUCUUGGGUACUGAAACAAUGGUGGCCAUCUUGAAGCAUGUGGUGAUAGCAGACUGGAAUAGGGAGAUUGAAUAUGUCUGUAAACACACCAGCCAACUGGUCUUUGCAUGCUCUGAGAAUGCGGCGAGGGUUAACACGCUUAAAUGUCUUACUCACGUCGGCCACGGAGAAGGAGAGCUCACAGUCCUUGGUAGCGGGCCGCGUCGGUGGCACUGUGUUGUCCUCAAAGCGGGCGAAGAUGUUUAGCUUGUCCGGAAUCAAGACGUCGGUGGCCGCGACGGGGCUGGUUUUCCUUUUGUAGUCCAAAGUUGUAUUGUUAGUCAUAAAUGCUGAUGUGUUACCGCCGCUCUGAUAUCCAAAUGUUAUUCCCGGCUGUAUGUAAUAACACAAAAAACAAUACUGCAAAGUUGUCUAGGGGCUAGAAGCACGGCUGCCCUCUAUCGGCGCCAUUACAGUUAAGUUCUGUAAUACGGCUCGCAUAUCCAAAUUGCAACAUGUAUUUUCAUAAAUGUUUAUGGUCUGCAUGUAGUGUUAAUGUCAGAUCUCAGUUUAAACCUUGAACGUGGCAUUGUCUGAUUACGGUUCCAUCUCUUCUGGCACUUAUUAAUGUACACUUCACUUUUUUUUGCCAGGAUGACAACCCCUGUGUACUGUAUGUGUCAUGUGCAUCUCCCACAGCGGUAAAUAUUGGAAUGAAACAUUGGUUGGGUUCUCUGUACAUUCAUAGCAGGAUUGUCCUUUACACAAGGAAUUCACCGCUACAUUAGGUAUAGUGUAAUAAAAAGCAUAUCCCACAAAGAUGUGAAUUUAGUGUUCAAAAACUCAUCUGAAAUAUUUUAUUAAUAUAACCCUGUAUAUAUUUUGUCACUUUGAAAUGUAUAUUUUUACUUCCAGGUUAGGACUAUGAACUUAGCUAAUUAGAACCUUAGCCAAUCAGUUUGUUGAAAUUAAAUGACUUAAACUCAA